AUGGUCGCUCCCAUUAACAUCAUGGGUCUCAUGUUCAGUAUAUAUUUCUACACAUGGCUUCAUCCUGAUUUGUCGAAGAAUGUUCGCAUCGGUCUUAAUCAGUUCAAGGUUGAUUGUAUGAUCUACAUAGGAACAAUACUCUGGUUGUUCGUAUCAAUGUGCAUCGUGGCUCCUUAUUUCACUCGCCGAACGAAUGCUCUUGCCGGAAAUGUCGGAAUGGCUAUAAGUUCGCUUGGCGUCAUUCUCUCGCAUUACUUGCUUGAGAAUAAAUGGGUGUGGAGUGGCCUCAUGUAUAUCUGUGAUAUUCAACUAUACGCAUUUUCCCUAGGUCUGGCGUUGAUGGGACAAUGGUCCAUAUACCACUACGAUAAAAAUCGCGCCAUGUACGUCGCUUUUCCUGUUGUCUGCAACACGAUCGUAGUUUUCAUGUUGUACAGUGUACUUGAAACAAAGGAUUUCAACGACGUAUUCCCGCUAAGCUCCUUUGGAGUUCACACCGCUUUUGCCAUUCUUGCACAAGUUGCUGCUCCGCGCCUCAAAACAUGGAACUUUUUCGAAUACAUCAAGAAGAAUAAACGACGAUAA